CGCCUCCGGGAGGGGAGGGGGCGCGGCAGGGAUGCAGGGGAAAAAGUGGGCGAGCAAGAGCGUUGAAAAUAUCGUGACAAGAAGUUUCCGUGCGCCCGGGAGCGUGUGAAUUGCUCCUAAUUACCGUGUCCGGUGCGUCUCUCUACCAGACGUGUGCAACCCCUCGGCCUCGGGGCCCGGCUUGGCCUCGCCACUCUCACUGGCCUGCGGCUCUGGGCAAAGCGAAGCUUCCCUAGUGGUUCCCGCGGCCUGGGGCGGGAUAGGGGCAGGUGACAAUUCAAUUACCGCAGUCGGGCUGGGAGUGGAGCUGGGGGCAAGGUGGGGUACCCGUGGCGUAAAUGCCAAGACAGUUUUUCUUGCCUCCUCUGGCUCUGGGUCAGCGAGUUCCCAAGUCUGGCGCGCGUGGGAUAGUUGGUGGCUUGGCUCCCCCCUUGCCUUGAAAGCUCAGAGCCUUCAUUCUGGAACUCUUGGUACGUCACGGAGGGUAAAUUGUGGUUAGGAUUUUGGUUUUUAAAAGAGCAGCUCAGAGGAGAAAUGAGACCGCGCUUCCCGCCCGUCCCAGCAGCAGCCUUGCGCUUUCCCCUCCCCGCCCCGCGGUGUCCUCCUGGCCCCUUACUCUUUCCUGGCCUCAUUUCUCCUGGUCUCCAGUUCUUUUCUGUGGCGAUGGAAUUCCUAUUGUCGUUAUUUUAAAUGAACGAAAAGUUUUUGUCUUUUUCAAAUGAAAGUAAAGUGUCCGCCUCCCCAUUGCCCCGGCCCUGGACGCGUCCACCUGCCCUUCCCGGCGCGGGCCGAGCUCUCCGCGGUGCAGCAGCCGCUUUGGCCGCGCCUCGCGCUACCUGCGCUGACGUCACGGCCCGGAGGGUCCGCCGAGGAGAGGAAAAAAAUCAUUUGAGGACAGUGAGCCUCCAGGUUGUUCUCCUUCCAUCGCCAACUUGGCGUGGUGUUAGGGCGGCUCGUCCGACCUUUUCUGUGGAUCUGGCCCAGGACAAACCCGAGCGCAGAAAGGGCCCUGGGCCCGCCGCCCCGCCGCCCCAGAACCGGAGAGAGCGAGGAAGGUGCGGCCGACAGGACCCCACCACCGGCGCAGAAGCUCGCGCCCCAAGAGUGCCGCGCUCUCUCCCCUGGACGAAGCCAACCCGAAGGACAACGCUGGAUGGGAUGGGGUGAGAGAUGGAAGAAUCUGGGGGACAGAGUUCAACAGGCCCGGGCACCAGGGAGCUGCGACUAGGACAGCCUGCGACAGGGACAGAAAUGGGCCGCUGCUUCCCGGAAAUCCCAUUUUCUCUGGAGCCUGGGAAUGGGUUUGGGUGUAAGAGUCAGCUCGAGAUGGUGUCCCAAAGCAGCGAGGCCAAGGCAGUGCGUUGGGAUAAUAGGUCCACCCUGAGCACAGGACCGAGCCCCAACUUGCAGCACCCCGAGGUUAUGCCGCUGAUUAAAUCCGUGAGACAGCCGCGCUCUGGCGGGGGUGGGAACUGGGAGGGUCCCCCUCAGUGUCAGGGAGCCACUCAAGGGUCGCUAGGCGCCUGCUCCUAGAGCUUCUCCUGCAAAGUUUUCACGAAAUUAUUUUAAAGUCAAAACGAGGGACAAGGAUAUAGCUCAGCA